CCGGCCGACAACAUGGCAGCCCCCAUGGAGGUGGCUGUAUGUACGGACACGGCGGCGCAGUUAUGGAGCUGCAUUGUGUGGGAGCUGCAUUCGGGCGCCAACCUGCUCACCUACCGCGGCGGCCAGGCCGGGCCCCGGGGCCUCGCUCUACUUAAUGGCGAGUACUUGCUGGCGGCACAGCUGGGCAAGAACUACAUCAGCGCCUGGGAGGUGCAGCGCAAGGACCAGCUCCAGCAGAAGAUCAUGUGUCCUGGGCCUGUCACCUGUCUGACUACGGCACCCAAUGGUCUCUACGUGGUGGCAGGAAUUGCAGAAAGUAUAUACCUCUGGGAGGUCUCCACUGGGAACCUCCUGGUCAUCCUGAGCCGCCACUACCAGGACGUCUCCUGCCUGCAGUUCACCGGCGACAGCAGCUAUUUCCUCUCUGGGGGCAAGGACUGCCUGGUGCUGGCCUGGAGCCUCUGCAGUGUGCUACAGAUGGACCCCUCCAGGAUCGUGGCCCCUCGGCACGUCUGGUCUCGUCACACACUCCCCAUCACAGACCUGCACUGUGGCUUCGGGGGCCCGCUGGCCCGCGUGGCCACCGCCUCGCUGGACCAGACAGUGAAGCUGUGGGAGCUCUCCUCCGGUGAGAUGCUGCUGUCCGUCCUGUUUGACGUAGGCAUCAUGGCUGUGACCAUGGACCUGGCUGAGUACCACAUGUUCUGUGGUGGCACCGACGGGUCCAUCUUCCAGGUGGACCUCUGCUCCUGGCCUGGACAGAGGGAGCGGAGCUUCCCACCGGACCAAGACUCUGGGAAGAUCUUCAGAGGCCACAGGAACCAGGUGACGUGCCUGUCGGUGUCCAUGGACGGCAGCGUGCUGCUCUCCGGCUCCCACGACGAGACGGUGCGGCUGUGGGAUGUGCCCAGCAAGCAGUGCAUCCGCACCGUCACCCACAAAGGCCCUGUGACCAAUGCGACCAUCAUGCUGGCCCCGAUCAGUAUGCUGAGCUCCGACUUCCGGCCCAGCCUGCCGCUGCCCCACUUCAAUAAGCACCUGCUGGGCGCCGAGCAUGGCGACGAGCUGCGCCGCGGGGGCCUCACUCUGCGCCUGGGUCUCCACCAGCAGGGCUCCGAGCUCAGCUACCAGGAGCGGCUAGAGCAGCUGCAGGCCGUGCUCAGCGACUCUGUGGAGAAGAAUGUGCUGGGUGGUCAGGACCGGCUGCAGCUACAUGUGACAGAGCUGGAGGACGAGGUGUGCAACCUGCGCAAAAUCAACAGGGACCUCUUCGACUUUUCCACGCGUGUCAUCACCACCACGCGCAGGGCCAAGUGAGGCCAGAGGGGAGACCCUGCACGAUGCGGCCCUGAGCCUCGCCAUCUCCCCCCCAUCUCCCCCCUGCGACUAGAGCCGCAGCUCCUGGACUUGGCCACCAGAAUGCUCCCGGACAGGCUGGCUCCCACUGGCCACUUUAGCAUUUUGUUUUAUAUUUUUUUACUCCCUUUGGUGUUUGUUUGCCUUUAACAAAAAAACUGGACUGAG